AUAUAUUGUCUGCCGGGCGAAAUGGAAACACCCUGCACGCUGAAAUAUUUUUUUGAUUAAAUCUCCUACUAGAGACAGGGUUCCGAGCGGAGGUAUUUGGAAUCAGAGGUAGAGGCUAAGGGGUUACAAAAAGAGCACCUACGCCCAGCUAGCUUAGCCGUCGUGUGAGACACACGGACUGGAUAUAAGCGCUUCGAUAAUUUCUCCCUUACGACUAGAAUAGACUCUUUACUUCUAAUCACCACCAGCACUGUCAGAAUGUAUGCGCAACUUCUCCCUCUCGCCGCCCUGGCCGCUACCGUCUCUGGCCACGGUCUAAUAACGACGCCUACUCCCCGCGGCCCAGGAGACGCAUCCUCCGCUGCAUGCGGGUCCUCCGUUGUCGCCAACAUCAAGGGCGACCUGACCUCGCACGUCGAAGGCUUACCCGAGCUCGCCGCCAAGGACACGGGAUACCACGGCGAGCUCUGCAACCUCUGGCUAUGCCGUGGCCUGCAAUACGCCGACAACGCAGCCAACGUCCAAGCCUACAAGCCCGGCCAAAAGGUCACCAUCGAGGUGGAUCUGACGAUCCCGCACGUCGGCUCUGCCAACGUGUCUGUCGUCGAUACCAAGACUAACACCAUCAUCGGCGAACCUCUGCUUAACUGGCCCUCCGGCUAUGCCGACGAGCGCCAGUUCUACGCUCACCAGACCCCUGCCAACCAGACCAAGUUCGACGUUACUAUCCCCGAGGACCUCGGCUCCAAGUGCGCUGAUGCUGGUUCUUGCGUUCUUCAGUGGUGGUGGUACGGAACGGGAGCGAAGCAGACCUACGAGAGCUGCAUCGACUUCACCGCGUAAGGGCCGCCGCAUCGACGAUACCAGUGAGAUAUGAAAGGGUAUUUGGACCGAAACAAUACAUAUAGGAAUAGAUGUGAAUAGAUAUCUCUUCAAAGAAAUAUUGAAUACCAGAGUCAACCAUAACUACCUACCUCGGAUGAACCAGUGUCAUAUGAGCAUGAAGGACCAUAUCG